ACACGGUGGAGCCGACAGUUGCGCACACAUCAUCGCGAUGAGACCGACCCCUGCGCUGCUGCCGCUGCGGCUGCUGACGCUGCUCUGCGCCGCCGUCGGAGAGGCGCAGCGGGCUGCCCCCGCCGUGAGAGAGUAUUACGUGGCCGCUGUAGAAAUCGGUUGGGACUACAUCCACCUGGACGAGGUGGACCCACCGUCCGACCAAAGGGGGAGAUCCAAAGAUAUUCCUCAAAAAUACAUCAAAGCAGUUUACAGGGAGUAUACAGAUGCCACAUACACUGUCCCCAAGCCAAGACCAGCAUGGACAGGUAUUCAAGGCCCAGUGAUCGUUGCUCAGGCUGGCGAAAGGGUGGUGAUCCACUUCAAAAACCUGGCCUCUCAGCCCUACAGUAUCAGCCCUGUGGGCAUCACCUACUGGAAACAGUCUGAAGGAGUCGGGUACGAUGACUCCACAGCGGGUUGGGAGAAGGAGGAUGACGCCGUCUCUCCGGGAGGAUACUAUGAGUACGUGUGGGACAUCAGCCCUAAAGACGGCCCCACCGCCAGCGACCCCGAUUGUCUCACCUACUCCUACUCAUCCCAGGUGGACGCAGUCCGAGACAUCAACUCAGGACUCAUCGGUGUCCUGCUCAUCUGCAAAUUAAGUGCCUUCACAGACAAAGGCCAGAGGAGAAAUCCAGCGUUCGUCCUGCUAUUUGCCGUGUUUGAUGAGACCAAGAGCUGGUAUGGAGAGGUAGGAGAGAGGAUGAGCAGAGAGAAGUUCAAGAGGACCAAUGGCAGGAAGGAAUACCACACCAUCAAUGGAUAUAUCAACUCUACGUUACCCGGUCUGACACUCUGUCAAAGCCGUAAUCACAUGUCUUGGCAUUUGAUUGGGGUGGGCACAGCUCCAGAAAUCCACUCCAUUAAGUUUCAGGAUCACACUCUGCAGGUAUUGACGCAUCGUAAAGUCACUAUGGAAAUGACCCCUAUGACCUUCAUCACUGCGGAAAUGAGACCUGUGACUGUAGGCCGCUUCCUUAUCAGCUGUCAGAUUCAUGCUCACCGCAACGAUGGCAUGAACGCGUUGUUCACGGUGGAGAAAUGCUCCGACCUCUCUAUGCCGGGACCUGACCCGCGUAAAGUCAAAAAUAACGAUAAUGACUACUACAGCGAAGAGUACAGCUAUGACGAUUAUGAAAAUAAGUUCAACACCAUAAGCUUUCAGCCUAAGAAGCCACAACUGCAAGUGAGAUCCAGCAAAGGAAAGCAGACUAAAACCUGGAAGCAUUACAUCGCUGCUGAAGAGGUCACCUGGGACUACGCUCCUCAUCUCAAACCCACAGACAGUAAGUUGCAGUCCAGAUACUUGCCCGCACCUCCCCAUCACCUGGGUUACAACUAUAAAAAGGUGGUGUAUGUAGAAUACACAGACGCAUCUUUCACCAAGAGGAAAAACCCUACCCAGACAUUGCUGGGUCCACUUCUGAAAGGAAAAGUCUCUGAUGAGUUCCAUAUCACUUUCAGAAACCUGGCCAGUCGCCCUUUCAAUAUCUACCCCAAUGGCCUCACCAAGAUCCUUCCACUGCAGAGUAACACAGUGACAAACCCAGAGAAGGACUUGCGCUCUAUGGGAGUGCCCCCCAACGGAACAUUUGGCUACAUUUGGAAGCUAACAGCAGAUGAUGACCCCUUAGAGGGGGACCCCCAGUGUCUAACCCAGCUGUAUCAGAGCACCAUCUCACCAGAGAGGGACUUGGCAUCGGGGCUGGUGGGCACCCUGCUCAUCUGCAAAGUUAAUGCCAUCGACACCAGAGGACACCUGGUGGGCCCAGAUAAAGAGUGGAACUUGAUAUUUGCUGUCUUUGAUGAGAACAGAAGUUGGUACUUCAACGAAAACAUGCAGAAAUCCAGCCAACGCUCCUCUAACACAACAGACCCUGAAUUCUACAACUCCAAUGUCAUCUACAGUGUGAACGGUAUCAUGUUCAGCGGGCGUCGGUUCGUGAUGUGUAAAACUGACGUCACCUUCUGGCACGUGGCCAGUGUGGGCACCCAGAGCGACUUCCUCUCUGUUUACUUCACGGGAAAUAUGUUUCAGUACCAAGGCCUCUACCAGUCCGUCCUCACCCUCUUCCCCAUGACGGGCAUGACCAUUCCCAUGGAGACUGAGCUGGCGGGUGAGUGGGAGAUCAGUGCCUUCGAUGGCAGGCUCAAAAGCCGGGGAAUGAGCAUCCGUUACAGCGUUCGUCCUUGCGACAAUGGAGACCUCUUACUAGUCGAUCAUGAUAGAGAUGAAGAUGAUAUCUCUGACUAUAUCGAUCUGUUAGAGCCGAGGAGCAGAAGACCUCAAAAUCGCACUGUUUUGGUGAAAGUGUGCACCAAACCCCUAGCUAAUAACAGUACUCAGUCAGGAAACUCUCCAAGGCAAAACAUCCCUAAUGAUAAAGCUGAGGGGACUGGGGCUGCUGAAGGACAGUCAAUAUGUCAAUUGAAGAGAGUCCCAGUAACAUCAUUAGGAGGAGAAAAACCAAACAAAGUGUCAGAGGGAGGAAUCCCACAGGAUAUCUUGGAAGAACUAGAGAGAGAUGGGGAGUGGACAGUUACUGAGAAUGGGACUGAACCUGGAGAAAAGAGAAGUGUCAGACAGAGAAGACAGGCAGAGGGAAACUGGAGCUCUGGAGCCUUAGAAGAUGGAGGAAUAGAGUUUGGUGGAGAGGCUGUGGAAAACAGGAAUAACAAUGGUGCAGAGAUAAAGUCUGAAGAAAGGCGUGACAUGCCACAUGAAAAGAACAGGACAAAGGAGGAGCCUGAAGAGAGCAACGAGAUCUUACUGAACAGCGAUCCACUGCUGACAAAGAAUAUCUCAACUGUCGAACCAAGCACUUCAGAAGAAAUGGAUGGAAACUUUGUUACGCAAAAACACAUUCAGUCUGAACGUGAGCGACUUACAGUGGAUCUGCUGGAUCUGGAAUACAACUACAAUCUUGAUAACAACAAUGCAACAGAGAUUGAUCUGUCUCUAGAGUAUGAUGACUACAGCCAACAGGUUAACAGCACAUCAGAUAUAUUUGGCACAAAUUACGUGCAGCCACGCUCCACAAGGAACAGAUUUCCCACUUACUACAUUGCUGCAGAAGAGAUCACCUGGGACUAUGGUGUCAAAAAACCGCAUCAGCUCAUCGAACCCAGAGAGAUGCGUCGAGGGAUGAGGAAAUUCCUGCCAGAGUACAAGAAGGUGGUGUUUCGAGCCUACAGUCGUGAAGACUUCCUACAGCCCAUAGCCAGAGGAGAGGUUCAAGAACACCUGGGAAUCAUGGGACCUUCCAUUACAGCUGAGAUUCAUGAUCUUGUCACUGUGAUCUUUAAAAACAAGGCGUCCAGGCCUUACUCCUUUCACCUUCAGGGAGUCUAUGACCGCAGCCAGGGGGCCGGCAUAAACCGAACCUAUUCCUCCUCUGCUCCACCUGGGGUCCCGGGAGAGCCUGUGGCCCCUGGAGAGUCGCGGACCUAUAACUGGAAAAUAACCAGGAAACAAGGACCAACCAACACUGAAUUUGGCUGCAAGACUGGGGCUUACUACUCCACUGUGGACAAGGAGAAGGACCUUCACUCAGGUCUGAUCGGUCCACUGGUGAUCUGUAAGCCUGGCAACUUCCGCAAGCAGGCAGACAUCCAGGAGUUUUCCCUGCUCUUCCACACCUUUGAUGAAACUAAAAGCUGGUACAUGGAGGAGAAUCUGCAGCGGCACUGUGUCCCGCCCUGUCGGGCCAACACUGAGGAUCCCUGGUACCACAUCAGCAAUAAGUUUGCAGCGAUAAAUGGUUACGUGGCAGAGACACUUCCUGGUCUGUUGGUUGCCCAGCACCAGCAAGUGAGGUGGCACCUGCUGAAUGUAGGAAGCGACGGAGAGUACCACGCUGUGCACUUCCAUGGUUUGCCUUUCACCAUUCACACUGAACAGGAACACCGUAUGGGCGUGUACAACCUCUUCCCUGGAGUGUUUGGCACAGUAGAGAUGAGACCCCCCACAGUUGGCACAUGGCUGGUGGAGUGCACCAUAGGAGACUACCAGCUGGCUGGCAUGAGGGCUAAACUACUGGUAUAUAAUCCACGAUGUGUCUUGCCUCUGGGGAUGAAAUCAGGAAGAAUUGAGGAUUCCCAGAUCACGGCAUCAGAUCACAUAAGUAGCUGGGAGCCGAGACUGGCGAGACUGGAUCAGUCGGGUUAUAUCAAUGCCUGGAUGGGCAGAAACAGGAUGUCAUGGAUACAGGUUGACCUCCAGAGGCCCACCCUGCUGCACGGUGUGCUGACACAGGGAGUCAGGUCAAAGCUGAGGGACCACUACAUCACAUUCUUCACCGUCUCUUACAGUCUGGACCAGGACACUUGGAGAACUUACAGAAUAAACAGUACCAGGCAGAAGACAUUUCACGGAAACAUGGACAGCUCCAGGGUGAAAGAAAAUCACUUUACUCCACCGUUUGUGGCUCGCUACGUCAGGAUUCAGCCGAAAAACUUUGUGCAAAAGCCUGCUCUCCGACUGGAGCUGCUGGGAUGCGAUCUCAACAGCUGCUCGCUCCCUCUUGGGCUCCAGACGAGGCGGAUUCCUGACGGCAGCUUUAGCGCCUCCUCGGUUUAUUCAUCUCUGCUGCGUAGCUGGAAGCCCAGCUUAGCCCGGCUCCAUCAGGAAGGCAGCGCCAACGCCUGGAGGCCAAAGAACAACAACCCCUACGAAUGGCUGCAGGUUGACUUGGGGACAGUCAGACGCAUCACGGGGCUCAUAACCCAAGGAGCACGAUCACUUUUGACCCAGAUGAUGGUGACGGAGUUCUCAGUCAGCAUCAGUCUUGACGGACACUCCUGGAGUGGUGUGUUGCAGGACGGCUCCCAAACAGAACAGAUCUUCACAGGAAACCAUGAUCCGGAGGAGGAAGCUCUCACAGUUUUCCAUCCUCCUCUGUUCAGCCGCUACCUCCGCAUCCACCCUCUCGGCUGGAUCAACGACAUCGCCCUGCGUCUGGAGGUCCUGGGAUGUGAGACGCAGCAGGUCCUCUGACACCACUGGACAAAAACUCACCAGCCGGCAUGCAGAAGCAUUUUAGUAGCAGAGUGUCUGUGUGUAAAGUGUCUUAGUUUUGUUUUGGAGUUUGACAAGUGACGAGGAAUGUUAAAUGUUAUGCAGAGCACGUUUGAACUUGUAUGAGAAAAGCUAUUUCUGCUGUAACCACAACUUUGUUUACAUUUUCACCUUUUUGUCAGUAUGGCGAUUGAUCGUUUUAUUGCUGUUCAGACAAAAAAGUGUGUCCGAAAAGACAGGAAAUAGUUAUGUGAGGGGGUCAUAUUAAAAUGAAUGUAAUAUGUUAGUAUUAUAAGAUAUCAGUUUUAAGAUAAACACAGCUGAGCUACACAGUAUUGGCUUUACCUUUGCAGCACACAGCUGUGCUAACGACAGAGCAAACCUUUUGAAUGUAAGCUUGUGUAAAUAUUUCAGUCUCAGAAGGAUGUAUACAGUUUGACUGGUUGUUGUAUAUCAUUGAGAAAGUUUGUAUUAAUGUUUUUUGGGAUUUUUCGUUUGUUUUUUUUUUGUUGCUUUAUUAGAGUUUAUAUAAACAGUGAAUCUUGAA